AUGGACAGCUACUCCUCGUCAAGGCCGGGCCACGCGGUGUUGGUCUGCUGGCUGCUGCGGCUGCUAGAGCUCGUGUUCAAGGUCAGCGCUGCCGGCGAGGAGAUCAUGUACAUCGAGAGCACCGCCUGGGUCUUGGUGCAGGCGGCGACACGCAUUCUCCAGCAUCGAUACGUCCGCGACAAGCACAACCAGGCGAGCGUGUUGAGAGACGUCUUCGGCGGGGAGCUACACGAUCGAGACCGAUGCUUCCCUCGGCGAGGCGGACAACCCAGCGCGAGUGGACGUGCGUCUCGAACGCGGACUGUUCGACUACAAGGUGCAGAAGAAGGGGAAGUGGACGAGGCGGCAGUCGGGAGUCUUAUGUUGCACGAGAUCCUCGUUUACCUCGACACCUCCGUCGACGAACAGUGUUCAUUACAACCCGAGACGGACGUCCUUAGCUACGAGUCGCCGGUCGAGACGCUGAAGAAGUUCACAAACGAAUUGGGCCCUUUCAUAUGCGGCAAGGGGGUAAUUAGCGAGAAGGAUCAAGAGACCAUUCAAACCAGGGCACAGCAAGGCGAUCUGGGGCACUAUGGGCGUGUCAAGUGGCGCUGGUGCUUGCCGUUUAUCGGCUCGACGCCGGAGCACAUCAUUAAGCGCGCGGAGACAAGGCUGCUCUUCCACCUCUCGCGAAUGGGCUUGAUGUUUCCAUUUCUCGACGACGGAGAACAGUCGAAGAAGGAAUUGCUGCUCUUUCAUCCAAGUCAUAUCGGCCUAAUGCGUCAGGCGUUCUACAUGGUUGCGAAGGAAGAAGACUUCGAGCCCUACCUCUUCGAACGCCGGAACCCGCCUGCGGGCCAUCCUGGUGACCAGAGCCGCCAGUAUUCCCCUUCGACCAGAGGUGCUCAGACGUUACUAGUGUACUAA